AUGGUGACCGGCGGCACCAAAGGCAUUGGAAGGGCCAUCGUUGAAGCCCUCCUCAGCGAAGGCGCAAACGUUUCGUACUGCGCUCGGUCUGUUCGUGGCGAUGAGUUUGCUUCGUUGGCCAGUGGCGCUGCUGAUGCUCCACGUGCGAUCGGGACUGCUGUCGACAUUGGCGACGCAUCCGCUAUUCGCGCUUGGAUCGAGGUUGGCGCUCAAGAGUUCGGCCGCGUCGAUGGUGUUGUCGCGAACGCCGCAUCGUUCGCCGUCGAGGCCACCUACGAAAGCUGGCAGCGAAGCUUCCAGGCAGACAUCCUCGGUCUGAUCGCCCUCAUUGACACCGCAACUCCACAUCUGCAGUCCAGCACUAGUAGCGACGCCUCCAUCGUCGUCGUCAGCUCCCUUGCCGGCUUCGAAGCACGCCAUCCCGCAAUCGCAGGGCCCUACUCAACCUUGAAGCGCGCCCAGGCGACGUUGGCCAAGGACUACUCACGCAAGCUCGGUCCGCUGGGUGUUCGGAUCAACACCGUGGUGCCUGGGGCGAUUGAGACUCGCGGGGAGACACUCCCAGAUGGCACAUGGCAGCCGAGUAGGUUUGAGGAGGCCAAAAAGACCAAACCCGAGUUCCUGCGCGAGAUGCUCGACGGUAUCCCGCUGGCGAGAUUCGGGGACGCGGAGGAUGUGGCGAGCGCGGCGGUGUUUUUGUUGAGUCCGCUGGCGCGAUAUAUCUCUGGGACGAAUCUUGUCGUCGAUGGUGGAAGUUCGAUUGCGUUUUAG